AUGUUGUCACAGGUGUGGCAGAUGAACAUUAAUAUACACAAGUAUUUUUCACAGAUAUCGCAGGAUAAAUCUACAACAUCAGGGUAUGCCAAGGAAGAAUAUUCAGCAGAGAAACAGACACAUUUUGGUUUUGAGGAUGUGUCAGAACACCAGAAAGCUGAGAAAGUUCACGGAGUGUUCGAGAACGUGGCCAGCAAUUAUGACUUGAUGAAUGACUUGAUGUCCGGAGGUAUUCACCGUCUGUGGAAGGAUUACUUUAUAUCCUGCAUACAUCCUCAACCCAAUACUAAACUGCUGGAUGUUGCUGGAGGAACUGGUUUUCCAAACUGCUUAUGCAAAGCUGCUGAGAUUAUGUGUAUAUUUCAGGUUACCAUAUGUGAUAUAAGUCAGAGUAUGCUGGAUGUAGGCCAGAAACGAGCCAAGGAGUUGGGUUACAAAGGUAUACAGUGGGUCUGCGGAGAUGCCCAGAGGCUUCCAUUUUCUGAUGACGAGUUUGACUGCUACACUAUUGCUUUUGGCAUCAGGAAUGUUGUCGAUGUUGAGAAGGCCUUGGUAGAAGCAUAUAGGGUGCUCAAGCCUGGAGGACGCUUUAUGUGUUUGGAAUUCAGUCAUGUUGCAAACCCAGCUGUGAGAUGGGUGUAUGAUCAGUAUUCGUUCAACAUCAUCCCACCCAUGGGUCAGGUGGUGGCGGGGGACUGGAACAGCUACAAGUACUUGGUGGAAAGCAUACGCAAGUUUCCUGAUCAAGAAAGCUUCAAAGAAAUGAUUGAAGACGUGGGCUUCCGACACACUUCGUACCAGAACCUCACAUUCGGUGUUAGUGCCAUUCACAGUGGCUUCAAGAUAUGAUAAUUCAUGUUUUCAGCAUUUAAUUAUGUUAUCUAAUUUUUUAUUGCAUGAUGCAAAUAUGUUGAGAAUUUUUUAAAUAUCAAUUGGUGGUUUUGAUAUCUUGUGUAUAAAUGAUUGUAAAGUAAAUUAAUUAAAAUAGUGAUUGUAUGUACUUUUAUUUAUUCGAUUGUCUCCUAUUAUUUCCAGGGAUAAUAAUAUAUUGAAAGUUGUAAUAAAAUAAUGGCACACUUAUGAUAUGUAUAAUUUUUUUUUUUUUUUUUUUUUCAACAAGUCGGCCGUCUCCCACCGAGGCAGGGUGACCCAAAAAAGAAAGAAAAUCCCCAAAAAGAAAAUACUUUCAUCAUCAUUCAACACUUUCACCACACUCGCACAUUAUCACUGUUUUUGCAGAGGUGCUCAGAAUACAACAGUCUAGAAGCAUACACAUAUAAAGAUACACAACAUAUCCCUCCAAA